CCGCGGCCUGGACGCGCUGCGGGGAGGGGCGGAGCGAACGGACGGGAGCGCGCGCUGGGCCCGCCUCGGCUGCUGCCGCCGCCGCCGCAGCAGCAACCGCUGCCGGGGAAUGAUCUGGGCGGCAGCGGGCGGCCCGGGCUAGCAGCCACGAGCCACUUCUGCGGCUGCCGAGAAGAGCGAGGGUCGCCGGGCUCGUGUCGUCCCCCUCUCUGCCCCCCCGGAGGGGCGAGAGGGAGCCGAGGCUGAUGUCAGACUAUUUCGAUCUGAUGAAGACCACCAGGGAUAUACAUCUUUAGGCUAACAAAGUUAAGUUAAUUAACUUGCUGCUGUGAGGGAGAUCACACCCCAGAGGAACUGCCAGAGGGGACAGGGUUAUUAUAGGAUUCUGGAGAAGGGUGGAGUUUAGACAGAAUUUAAAUGAAACAAUAUUUGAUAGGUUUAAAGUACAGCAAGACUGUGAAUCCGGUUAAUUAACAUCAGGCCUGGGCUGAGAAGUAGAGUUAAGUGUCCUGUUUCCUUGAAGACUACAAAGUUAAGAUAAAUGUGGAAUGUUGUGUCUGGGAAACACUUAUCUGAAGCUCUGGGUUGGAAAUUGAAGCUGUUUCUGAUUAGUGAUUCAUCGUACAUGUCAGAGUGGGGUGUUCCAGUCUCACUGAUACACUUUCAAAUAAUUCUAACAGUCUGAUUGUAGAGAAAAAAAAAAAGUUUCUCAGCAAUAUAUCUUUAGUAUGAAUUAAUAAAAGUGUUUAAAAAAUUUUUUUCCGAUUCACAGGUACACUGACAUGCCUGUUCAGCCUGAAUAUCAAAUUGUUUUAAUUACUAUAGCACGUUUUACUCACAUAUUUAUUUUUCCAAACAACAUUUACCAUAAUUUUUACCACAUUAUUUAAUUUUUAAAAAUUGUAUAUCUUAAGUAGGUCUGCCUAGGCUUAGUCCACCCCUACACCCCUUUCAGGAAUUUCCCAGGUAUACGCUCAUGUUUAUUUUUUCAAACUUUUUAGUUACAUUUUACCAAGUUACUUAACUUUUAAGUAUCUUAUAUUUUAGUUAGGAUGACAUUUUAGAUAGAUAGAUAGAUAGAUAGAUAUAGAUUAAUUUGGAGCAAAUCUACAUCUUUAUCAUUGAUUUUUUUUCCAAUUUUUAUAUUGUAAAAUACACAAAAUAUACCAUCUUAACGAUUUUUAAGUGUACAGUUCAGUGGUAUUAAGUACAUUUAUAUUGUGCAGUCAUGACCACCAUCUUCCUCCAGAAUUUUUCUCAUCUUGUAAAGCUGAAGCUCUACACCCAUUAAAUAGUAACUCCCCAUUCCCCUCUCCCCCUAGUCCCAGGAAAUCAUAAAUCACUUUAUGACUUUAGCUAAAUAUCUCAUAUAAGUGAAAUUACAGUAAGUCCCCUACAUACGAACCAUCAAGUUUCGAACUUUCAAAGAUGCAAACGUGUUUGCACGUCCAAUCACAUAAUGUAUGUUCACGUGUCUGGCGUACAUUGUUACAUGCAUGCAUCCUCUACAAGUGGUUGUACUUUUGUGUACUUUACAGUACUGUAUAGAGUCCAUAGUACAGUAUCUUUAUUUCAAGCCCAGGAUGUCCAGAAGCAAGAGUAAAAGCAGUGGUGAUGUAGCUGGUACUGCUAAGAAGCACCAAGCAAUAAUGAUGGAACUUGCUGUGCAACACAAGGUGCUUACUAAUGAAGACCUGAUGGAAUUGGAGGCCCAGAGAAAGGAUGACAAGAGACAAGGGGAAGAAGUAACUGAAGAACCGAAGAGACUCACGAUGCAGGAAAUGGCAAGGGGAUUUUCUUUAUUUGAGGAGGCACUGUUAGUUUUUGAGGCACAGUACCCGAACGUAGAACAGUACACGAAGGUUGCAGCAGCUGUUCAGAAUGCAGUCCAGUGCUACCGUGUCAUAUAUAACAAGAAAAAAAGAACCACUACCCAGACAUCACUGGAUCCGUUUUAUCAAGAGGGUAGACAGAAUUGAAUCCAGCAAGGAGCCAGAACCUGGGCCAUCAGCGUCAGGCGUGAGUGAAGUUGCAGCUUGCCCUCCAUCUCCUGUUGCUGAUGAUCCUUCAGCUCUACUAUCUCCCACCUCCUCUCCCUCCUCCAAAAUACAUUUUCGGGAAAUGGCCUCUAAAUCUUGGCUGAAUUUUUUAACCUUCCUUUGUGGAUCAGCAAUCGGAUUUGUUUUAUGUUCUCAGCUACUUAGUAUUUUGUUGGGAGAACAGAGGGACCUCCAGCCUAAUAUUCUUCAUAAUGAUCCUCAUGCUAGGCAUUCAGAUGAUAAUGAACAGAAUCAUCUAGAAGGACAGAUGAACUUUGAUGCAGAUGCUAGCCAACAUAAAGAUGAGAACACUGACAUCGCUGAAAACCUCUAUCAGAAGGUUAAAAUUCUUUGCUGGGUAAUGACAGGGCCUCAAAAUCUAGAGAAGAAGGCUAAACACGUCAAAGCUACAUGGGCCCAGCGUUGUAAUAAAGUGUUAUUUAUGAGUUCAGAAGAAAAUAAAGACUUCCCUGCUGUGGGAUUAAAAACCAGAGAAGGCAGAGACCAACUAUACUGGAAAACAAUUAAAGCUUUUCAGUAUGUUCAUGAUCAUUAUUUAGAAGAUGCUGAUUGGUUUAUGAAAGCAGAUGAUGAUACAUAUGUUAUAUUAGAUAACUUGAGAUGGCUUCUCUCAAAAUACAACCCUGAAGAACCCAUUUACUUCGGGAGAAGAUUUAAGCCCUAUGUAAAGCAGGGCUACAUGAGUGGAGGAGCAGGAUAUGUACUGAGCAAAGAAGCCUUGAAGAGAUUUGUUGAUGCAUUUAAAACAGACAAAUGUACGCAUAGUUCCUCCAUCGAAGAUUUAGCACUGGGGAGAUGCAUGGAAAUUAUAAAUGUAGAAGCAGGAGAUUCCAGAGAUACCACUGGAAAAGAAACUUUUCAUCCCUUUGUACCAGAACACCAUUUAAUUAAGGGUUAUCUGCCUAGAACCUUUUGGUACUGGAAUUAUAACUAUUAUCCUCCUGUAGAGGGUCCUGGUUGCUGUUCUGAUCUUGCAGUUUCUUUUCACUAUGUUGAUCCUACAACUAUGUAUGAGUUAGAAUACCUCGUUUAUCAUCUUCGUCCGUAUGGUUAUUUAUACAGAUAUCAACCUGCCUUACCUGAGAAGAUGCUAAAGGAAAUAAGUCAAACAUACAAAAACGAAGAUACAAAAGUAAAUCAGGAGCCCUUGAAAGAAAAACAUAAAUGAACAGAGGUAAAAUGUCUAGCAUUGCACUGAAGAAGAACUUCUCCAUUUCUGAUAUAGAACACUGGAAUCCCAGUGAGGAAUUCUUUCUAAGUGAACAUUCCAUAUUAGAAAUUUUUCAUAUGAAUGACUGUAAACUGAAGCUUUAAGUGAGCUGUGAAGUCUGUUGAAAUGUGUUUUGAUACAGUAAUAUAUAUACAUAUAUGAAAAACUUGUGUUUUUAAAAUGGUGGCCAGGCAGAGGAACAAGAAGAGAUUUUGUUGCCUGUUCCUGACCACAUGUAUUAUUUUCACUGAGAAAAUUAAACAGUUAAAUUUGCUAAAACUACACUGCAUCAUUGUUAGUAACCCACACACGAUGCUACACAGAUCUGCCUUAAAGAAAAUUUAGAAGGAAAUAUUGUUGCUCAGUGUUGCUUGUAAACUCAAAACAUGAGUUUAUAUUUGCAGUAUGAUAUAAAUGAACCAACCCCCCCCCACACACACACACAUCCAACUUUUGUCUAAUGAAAAUUUUGCUGUGACUAUUUAUAAUUGGCAGUAUUUCUUCCAGAGUAAGGUAGAAUAAGAAUGGCACUUGACCUAAAGUGCAUUAAUAAAACCACAUUUUGAAAUUAUCAUGGGCCUUGACUGUAUUAUCUACUUGGUUCUAAUUAAUAGUUAAUCUUUUACUGAGUCCCCGUUGUCUCUUUCCUAAACAUGUUUAACCAUUCUUGAAUGCCAUUCUCAACUAUUAAUAUUUAUUUACUGAAAGUGUUAAUAGCAUUCUGUAAACAUGCAUUUUUAAAUAUUUUAUUCCCAAAUUUGCCCAUUGUUAAUUAUGGGUAACUAAUAAAUAGUAAAUGUAGUGCUAUUUGGGGAUGCUUUUCUUAUAUUAGUGCCACUCUCAGGAAUCACUAAGUAACAUUUUUAGAUGAUUAUUUAAAACUGUCCAACUACAUAAUUAUAGUUCCUUUCAUUCUCAUCCUGCUGAGAGAUGAGAACUUGUUUGUGCCUUUCAUAACUUGUUUAAAGCAGAGUUUUGAGACUCAUUUUCAGGCUCUGAGGUGGCUGUUAGUUACACUGGCAAAAUAAUUUAUGAGAUUUUGACCAGAGUUAAUUAAAAACAUUAAAAAAUGCAGAGUGCUUAAACAAAUUGAAAUAUGUCAGAUAUUAAAAGACCAAAUACUUAGUUUACGAAUAACAGCCUGAAUUUUGAUGCUGACUUAUUUGGGAUGAUUGUUUUGCCAGUGGACAGUUGUAAGAGAACUCAGUCUUGAUGACAUCAAAAACACAUUCAUAAAUGUUUUGUUCUAAUUUUAGGUACCCUCUAUUUAAAGAAUUUCUGGAAGGAAAGAAAAUUUAAAAUUUUUGUUGUCUUUAGCAAUAUCAUCUGAGUGUAUCCUAACAGAAUACUUUACAGACUUUCCGUAAGAUUAUCUUAAACGUUACAAAUAAUUUACAUUUCUCUUAUGUUUUAUCAUUAUGCUAAUUUUAUGUGGCUGUCAUGCCACUGAUUCUGCUGCUUAGCUAAAUAGUUUAUUGUGCCAAAACAUGUCAAAACCAUGACCUCUUUCAGCUGUAUAUUUGAGAGGAUGUUCAUCUUAGUAGCUAAUUAUGGAUUACUCUGUCAACAUAGUGAAAACUUAUACCAGUUUUUACCAAUUGAAUUGUUUUUUGUUAUUUUCAAGGUGAUAUCAUCUGCCAGAAUUUCAAGGCGUUCAUUCUAUUCUUUGAACACCUCUUUACCUUGGUAUGGAUAGGAAUUUAUUUGCAGUCCGUACAUGCUACUUUUCUGUACUAGAAGUAUAACUGGUUUACCAUAAACAUUCAAAAACCUUAAAAUUGAUUCAUAGGAAAUCAACAUUGUGAUGAAUCCUGGGGUCUGAAGUCAGACUGCCUGGAUUUAAAUUCUUGCUCCAUCACUAGUUUUGUAGCCUUGAGCAAUUAAUCUCUCUGUGCCUCAAUUCCCUCAUCUGUAAACUAGGGACAAUAAUACUACCUACCUCACAGGAUUUAUAUGAGGAUUAAACGAGUGAAAAUGUGUAUGGCUUUUAAAAACACUGUUUGGCCCAGAGUAUGGAGUGCUAAGUAUAAAGUUUUCUUAUUAUUCUUUAGCUUGGAGUGUAAAUAUUUGUUUUAAAUGAAUGAGAAAUCUGCUUUAAUCAAAUCAGGUAAUAAAGGAAAUAACUCAUACAUUUCUUACAAUAAGUAAUAGCUAGUUUUUAUUUGAUGCCUACUGUAUGGCAGGUAACGUGCUGAGAUACUCUGUGUUAAUCCUCACAAAUUGGGGGUUAUUCCCAUAUUAUAGAUGAGAAAACUGAGGCUCAGAAAACUAAAGUCAUUUUCCACUGUCAGAAAGCUACUAAGUAAAAGAGCUAGGAUUUAUACUGGAAGCCUGUGUAUUCUUUGCCCCAUGUUAGCCUUGAGGUUAAUCAUUAGCAUUAUUUCCAUUUUUACUUAAUGGCAUGUGACAUCUGAUGCAUUGGCCAGCAGUAGUCAAAUUAACCAGCCAAAUUAUCAUAGUGCUUCUUAAAUUGUUAUUGUUAUUAUACUCGUGCCUGGGAGCUUGUUAAAACGGAGAUUUCAAGACCCCAAUUCCAGAAAUUUUGAUUCUAUCAUGGGACCCAGGAGUAUGCAUUCUUACCAGAUACCCUGGGGCACUGGUUCUCCACCAGUGUGUGGUCCCAACCAUCAGUAUCAGCAUCACCUGGAAACUUGUUGGUAAUGCAUCCUCUCCUGGGUCUCACCCCAGGCCUACUGAAUCAGGAACUCUAGGGGUAGAGGCUAGCAAUUAUGUUUAAACAAGCCCUCCAGGUGAGUCUUAUUCAGCAUUUCCCUAAAACCUGGUGAUUCUGAUGCCAAUCAUCCUUGGAUACUUGCCCCAUAAGUAAGGUUAUCUUUCAAAAAUUUAGAUAAAGCAUGUUUUAAAUGAAUGUAGUUCAGCAUCACACUAUAUUAAAUGUAAAAGACUAAAGAUAAUUUAAAGGAUCAGUGGAUCAUUCAUUUUGGCAAAAUUUUUCAGCUUCUUCAGUGUUACUAAUAUCAGGGCCCACAGUAAAAUAUGAAGUUUAGUAAUUUCAUAUUGGGGCAGAAAAGUUUCAGUAAAUACUAGUAAGUAUAUAUUAAUUCAUUAAAAGCAUACUUAAAUGAAUGUCAUAAAAAAUGUCCACAGUUGUUAGUAAAAACAUUUUAAAUGGAGGUAGCAAAGUACUAUUUUAUAAUGUGCAGAAUGUUUUUCUGCCAAUUCAUACUAUCAAAAUUUCAUCACUUUUCAAGAAUCAGUUGACUGUCCUAUAGGACCUAAUAAAGAAAAAAACUCUCCAAGUAUUUGAUAGAGCACAUAAAACCAGAUUUCAUGAUGAUAAUGACUUACUGUCUUUUGAAUUAAGAUUUUUGUCAUCUGAGUAAAUGAUUUUAGUAUGGUCUCAAAACAGGCUUUUGCUAUCUUACGUUCUCCAAUAUAUACUUGUAUUUUCAAGUGGGAAGUUCAUAGAUGAUACAAAGCAGAUUUUUAUCCCAGAGUUCAAUUAUUUGUUUUCAAAUAAACUUCAGAGGAGUUUUUGUUACUGUAAGAAGAUUCGAAAAUAAAUCACUGACCGAUUUUUUUUUUAAGUAUGGUAAUUGGGUUUGAGCAUUAAAUUUACUAACUGGUUAUUUUCAUAAUUGUUUGAGUAUUCAUUUUUCACUUCCUUGAGCCGUUAUACUGUAUUAUUAUGAGAUUGAGUCUUGAAAAAAUCCUUCAUUUGAUUGAUUACAUCAAGUCUACCCUUUUAUUCAUUUAAAUUUUCAUUUCUUUAGAAUAUUCUCUGACAAUUUCUGCUUCUUUGUAUUUAUUGCCCUUUAUUUCCUUGAUAACUAACUUCCAUUUUCUAACUACUCUUAAUUCUGCCUUCGCAAGGUUAAUUUGGCUGUUAUUAGUGAUUAGAGUUUGUAUGUAUCACUUACAUUAUUUUAUACCUAUUAAUGUUAGGUUUCCCUAUGAGGUUGGAAGUAAAAAUUUGUCUAAGAAUAAUGCCUGCUGGCUCUCAGGAUACUUGACCUACUUAAAAGUCUACAAUGUUAAACUAAUGCUAGAUAUACAAUUAAAUGAAGUAAAAUUAUUUGGAUUCUAUUACUUCCCAAAUUCCCCUUUUCACAAACAAAAAAACCUCAUUUGCCUCAUCUCUCUACUUAUUUAUAGUAAGCCUGACAGAAGCAUACUUAAGAAAUCUAGGGGACAACCUGUGGUUUAUUUUGUGCUAAAUGUAACCUCUGUUGAUUUUUAAAAGAUGGCUUAUGUUUAUAUAUUGGAGUUGAAAUAGAGAUUUAAUUCAAAUUAGAAUAAGAAAUUUUAUAAAUUCUCUUUAGAGAAACCAACUCUGAAACUAGUUUCAGAGUUGAAUAAUGCUCUAUUUCAAUUCCUUUACCUCUCUAGUUUUUAGUUUAUAUGUGUUAAGUUUAAAUAACUUUGCAGGGCCCUGCAAAUUAAUAAUCCAUACGAAGUAUAUUAUUAGAGGGAAACUAAUCUUACUGCUAAGCAGUGUGUUAUAUUACCCAGUGAGCGUUUGUGUUUUGGAAUUUAAAAAUUAUGUAAGGUAAUAGUAUCAUGAAUGAUUUAAAAAUGUCUGGUGACUUGCUUAUUUUAAGUGAUCACCAAUAAGUCAGAAAAAUGUAUUUUUAAAUAUGUUUUUUAAAGUGCCUUUUGAACAUUUUUAAACAAUGGAUUUAAACAACUGCAUAAAAUAAAUUACCAUGUUUAAAGCU